AUGUUUACAAGAGAUGCGAAUGGUCGUCACAAGGAGGUCGACGCAUUGGUCGACGAUAUGGUCAAUUUCAGUUUUGAUACGGAUGCUAAAGUUAUGCUAGAUCCCCCAAGCACUCCAACGAGAAUACGUGGUUCUCCGUCUCCUACUAGAUCGAUAGUAAAAAACCCUGAAAACUCGCUCAUGGAUAUCGACGAUGAUACUCAGGGAGAUUUGACGGCAGACAUUACCAAGUCGCCAAAGAAACUACCCAAAGAUUUCUAUAAGAAGUCCUCAAAGACUAAAUCCAAGAGAUUGGUUUCCGUGUGUCAGAUGUAUUUCUUGGAUUAUUAUUGUGAUAUGUUCGACUAUGUGAUUAGCAGAAGAGAACGUACCAGACAAGUGAUCAACUAUUUGGAAGAGCAAAGAAGGUCGAACCUGAUGGGUACUGAGCAAAUUACCAACGAAUGGCAGGGUUAUCUGACGAAAGAGACGAAUAUUCUAAGGAAAAGACGUUUGAAACCGAAACAUAAGGAUUUCGAAAUGAUUACACAAGUUGGACAGGGUGGGUAUGGACAAGUUUACCUUGCUAGAAAGAAGGAUACCAAGGAGAUCUGUGCGCUAAAGAUCUUGAACAAGAAACUUUUGAUGAAACUGGAAGGUACAGACCAUGUUUUGACUGAAAGAGACAUUUUAACUACGACAAGAUCGGAGUGGUUAGUGAAAUUGUUGUAUGCUUUCCAAGACCCUCAAAGUUUAUACCUUGCCAUGGAAUUUGUGCCAGGUGGUGACUUCAGAACGUUACUGCUCAAUACAAAAUUCUUACAGGCCCCACAUGCCAGGUUUUACAUCAGUGAGAUGUUCUGCGCUGUAAACGCGUUGCAUCAAUUGGGUUACACCCACAGAGAUUUAAAACCAGAAAACUUUUUAAUUGAUUCAAAGGGACAUAUCAAGUUAACUGAUUUCGGAUUAGCUUCCGGUACCGUAUCAAUGGAAAGAAUCGAAAGUAUGAAGAUCAGAUUACAAGAGGUUAAGAAUUUAGAGUUCCCAGAGUUUAGAGAAAGAUCGAUGGAUGACAGAAGAAGAAUGUACAACAAGCUGAGAGAAGAGGAAGUUAGAUACGCACACUCAACUGUCGGUUCGCCCGAUUACAUGGCAUUAGAAGUUCUUGAAGCCAAGAAUUACGAUUUCACGGUCGAUUAUUGGUCCCUGGGAUGUAUUCUUUUCGAAAGUUUAGUGGGUUAUACACCCUUCAGUGGAAAUAGCACAAACGAAACUUAUGAAAACUUGAGAAACUGGAAACAUGUGUUACAAAGACCUAAGUGUGAUAAUGGUAGAUACGCGUUCUCAGAUAGAACUUGGGAACUAAUAACACGUUUGAUAGCUGACCCAAUUAAUAGAUUAAAAUCCUUCGAACAUGUGAAGAGAAUGAGAUACUUCUCUGAAAUCGAUUUCAAUACUCUAAGGACAAUUCAUCCACCUUUCAUCCCACAACUAGAUAACGAAGAAGAUGUAGGUUACUUCGACGAUUUCACGAACGAAGAACAUAUGGCAAGGUACGUCGAUGUUUUCAAGAGACAAGAUCGUCUAACAGCAAUGGUUGACGACAGUUUGUCCGAUUCGAAAUUGGUCGGAUUUACUUUCAGACAUAGAAAUGGGAAAGAUGGUUCAAGUGGUGUUCUCUACGGAGGUUUAGAACAGAGUGACCCCUUCGCAACCUUCUACUAA